CCGCUUCUUCCUCACCCAAAUCCGACAACAACCCAUCGGCGAAUUCCGCAGUGAUCGGUAUUCGCAGCGAAGGGAUUUUGUCGGAUUUUCAAGAAUGGACGUUCGCCGGAGAUCAAACAAGACUCUUUACCCUACCGCCGACGAGCCCCUGAAACCGCACAAACAGAAACAGAGAUUUACCCAAACCCAAGUUCCCCCUCCCAAUGCUUCUGACGCCCUUCCACUCCCCUUGUACCUCACCAAUGGGGUGUUCUUCACCAUGUUCUUCUCCGUCAUGUACUUCCUCCUCCAGCGGUGGCGGGAGAAGAUCCGGAACUCCACUCCCCUGCACGUGGUGACUCUGUCGGAGCUCGCGGCUAUGGCGGGGCUGUUCGUCUCGGCGAUUUACCUUCUCGGGUUCUUUGGGGUCGGAUUUGUUCAGUCCACCUUCAAGGGGAACCAGGAUCUUUGGGAAGUGGACGACGAUGAGAGCAAUGAGAAAUACAUCUUGGAAGAGGACAGCCGUCGUGGGCCGUGGCCGGCAGCCACUACUCUUGGCUGCUCUGUUCCUCCCCCACCACCUGCUCGACAAAUUGCUGCAGUGGUUCCCGAGCAGCCCGCAAAGUCAACCGCCGCCGAGAAACCAGCUCCCAUUAUCACCCCAGCGGCAUCCGAGGACGACGAGGAGAUCAUCAACUCAGUCGUGGACGGUAAAACGCCUUCAUAUUCACUGGAAUCAAAGCUCGGAGACUGUAAACGCGCCGCCUCCAUCCGCCGCGAGGCGUUGCAGAGGAUCACCGGGAAAUCACUGGAAGGGCUCCCGCUAGAAGGGUUCAAUUACGACUCCAUUCUUGGGCAGUGCUGUGAGAUGCCGGUUGGGUACGUGCAAAUCCCGGUGGGAAUUGCUGGGCCGCUGUUGCUUGACGGGAGAGAGUACUCGGUUCCGAUGGGGACGACGGAAGGGUGCCUUGUGGCCAGCACCAAUAGGGGUUGCAAGGCUAUCGCCGCUUCCGGCGGCGCCACCAGUAUGCUGCUCAGAGAUGGGAUGACGAGAGCUCCAGUUGUGAGAUUUGGCACUGCCAAAAGGGCUGCUGAGUUGAAGUUCUUCGUUGAGGAUCCCAUCAAUUUUGACACCAUCUCUGCUACCUUCAACAAAUCAAGCAGAUUUGGGAGAUUGCAAAGCAUCCAAUGUGCCAUAGCUGGGAAAAAUCUGUACAUGAGGUUUAGCUGCAGUACUGGUGACGCUAUGGGUAUGAACAUGGUCUCCAAGGGUGUGCAAAACGUUCUUGAUUUACUCCAGGAUAAAUACCCCGACAUGGAUGUCCUUGGCAUAUCUGGGAACUUUUGCUCGGACAAGAAGCCAGCAGCAGUGAACUGGAUCGAGGGGAGAGGCAAGUCAGUUGUGUGUGAAGCAACUAUCAAGGAAGAGGUGGUGAAGAAAAUCUUGAAGACUAAUGUGGCAUCCCUGGUGGAGCUGAACAUGCUGAAGAACCUCACUGGCUCAGCCAUGGCCGGGGCUCUGGGUGGCUUCAAUGCCCACGCAAGCAACAUCGUGUCGGCUGUGUACCUAGCCACGGGCCAGGACCCGGCUCAGAAUGUGGAGAGCUCUCACUGCAUCACCAUGAUGGAGGCGGUGAACGAUGGCAAGGACCUUCAUGUCUCCGUGACCAUGCCUUCCAUCGAGGUGGGAACGGUUGGUGGUGGGACUCAGCUCGCAUCCCAGGCCGCCUGCUUGAACUUAUUGGGAGUGAAGGGGGCUAACAGAGAGGCCCCCGGGUCGAAUGCAAGGCUGUUGGCAACCGUGGUGGCGGGUGCAGUUCUUGCUGGAGAGCUUUCCCUUAUGUCUGCCAUUGCAGCUGGGCAGCUGGUGAAUAGCCACAUGAAAUACAACAGAUCCAACAAGGAUGUCACCAAGCCAUAGCCAUUCUCAUCUCUCUCUGGCCGGGCCUAUGUUCCAUUCAAAUGAUCAAUGGUCAUCACCAAUGUGUGUGCUUGUGGUUAAAUAAUGAUGUGAAAAUAUUAGGAAUAAAUUUCCUUCUUGUAAAGGAGUUCAACUCAAAGACUUGUUUGUACUUUUACUACGUAUUGUAUCUGUUUGCACUUUUACUGGCAUUUAUGGACUAAUUGUAUCAUGAAGAAGAUGCCAACAUUUGGUAUCAUCAACCAAGAUGGAUGAUGCACUCUCUUCUUUUUUUAACUUCUUA